AUGCUCUGGCUCGCGCUGCACUCGCCGCAGUGGCAAGUCUACAAGAACUGCGUCAACCUCAGCGGCGCGGCGCCGGGUCCUGGCCCCAACCCCAGCCCCAGUCCGAGCCCCAACCCGAACCCAAACCCAAGCCCCAGCCCAUCAUCGGGGUCGCCAACCAUGUACCCGUCGCCCAACCCGUCGCCUCGUCCGUCGCCCAGCCCAUCGGCGAACCCGACUCCAAGCCCGUCCGUGAACCCGAACGAUCCGAUCCAAGGCUGGAAGCAAUGCGGUGGCGCCGGCUACAGCGGCAACACCAAGUGCAUCAACGGGUUCCAGUGCACGAGCCUCUCGUUGACAUACUCGCAGUGCAUGCCCAACUCAAGCAACAAGGGCCAAGUGCUUCGCUUCGGCCAGUGCGGUGGCGUGUACUACACGGGCAGCACCGAGUGCACGCCGGGUGACCAUUGCGUCCCGAGCAACCCGUGGUUCUCGCAAUGCCUCCCCAAGUAGACAAUCACUGGCUCGUUGUUGUUGCUGUAGUCCGUUAAA